AUGAACGGAAUCUUUGAAGGAAUUGAAAAAAGAGUUAUCAUCAAGUUGAAGGAGGAUUUUUUUAAAGGAAAUAAAAGUUUGAACUCCUUUUUAGAUAUCCCUAAAGAAUUGUGGGAAGAAAAAUUAAAAUAUAUUGGUUGUAGUAUUGUAUCUGAAAUAAGUGAGAACAAGAAAGAGAGAAGAGAUGAACGUUGUCGUGUUUAUUUAUUAUCAGAGAGUUCUUUAUACAUUUUUGAUAAUUCCUUAUUUAUAAAGACAUGUGGAAAAACAAGAGUUUUAUUUUUCAUACCAUUCGUAGUUGAUUUGUUAGUAUAUCAAAUGACUAAUGUAAGUAUUAUAGAAAAAAAUUGUGUGUAUGAUGAAACAUUUAUUGAGAAAAAUAAAUUUAAUAAUAUAACAGAGUUUAUAGAAAAAUAUUUCGAUUAUUGUUUUUUUACACAUAUGAAUUACAGAAAUAAAACAAAAGAUGGUUAUUUUGAACAGGAAUAUCCACACAAGUCGAUUGAUGAUGAAAAAAAUUUUUUUCAAUUUUUUUUUAAGAACGUACAAAUGUUUAAUACACAUUUACCUAUGAACAGAAUGCAUUAUAUAUUCUUUUCUUGUUCAAAUAAUGCAAAUAUGAAAGAAAUAGCAUCUACAUUUAAGUUCUGCUCAGAAAUUCAUAUGUUUGGCAUUAAGAAAUAUAAUGAAAAGAAACAAUUCCAUGAUGCAUAUCUGAAUAAGAAAUCGUUGAAUUUAUUUACAAGCUUGCCUGAAGAUAAUCUAAAACUCUAUGAUAGUGAUUCUGAAAAAGAAUUAAGCUACAUCUGUAGUACUGAUCGAACCUAUGAAGAUACUGUAAUUUGUAGUAGUAGUAGUAUAUCAGAAGAGAAAAAUAAAAAUGCACUACAAGAAGAAGAAAAUGAUGAUAUAACUAUAAAAGAUGAGGAAGACAAUAAGGUUGUAAUAAAAAUGAUAGAUACUAAUUUAUAUGAAUGUAUGAAUGAUAAUAAAGAAAGCUUUUUAUAUAAUGAAUUUUAUUUUACACCUUAUGGUUAUUCUUGUAAUGUUUCUAAAAAAAAUAAUUAUUUUUGUGUGCAUUAUUCACCAGAAGAAUUGGUAUCCUAUGUUUCUGUUGAAGUAUCUUCAAAUCUGUCGUGUGAUGGAUUUGUAGAUUUUAUGAAGAACCAGUUGAAUUUUUAUAAUGCCAAAUAUAUGUAUAUGAUAAAUUAUGUAUUUUGUGAGGAUACGAACAAAGUUUGGAUGUCUGACAUGCACAAGGAAGUCAAAAAAAACAACACAUAUGAUAUGAUAAAUCAUAAUAAUAAUAAUAAUAAUAGUAGUAGUUGUUGUAGCAUUAGUUGUUGUGGUAGUAGAUGGAAUUCUUUUUAUUAUAAUUUAUUGCAUGAGAAAGAAGAAUAUUAUUACUUGAACAAAAAAUUAAGAAACGAUCUGUUUAUGAAUUCUAAACAAUCCUACAAAUUACAUACGUUCACUGAACAGAUCGUUGGAUUUUUAAGAGUUCAAUAUUUUGUUUAUGAAUUAAGAGAUGUUGCUAGGUAUGUUGAAAAAGAAACUUUGCUGGCUAAUUCGGCAUCUAUAUAUAUGUCUAAUAGAAAAGAAGAAAGUGACUUAAAUGAUGAUUAUGUAACAACCAAAUUGUCAGACGCAAGUGGAAUAAAUAAAUUAACUGAAAAGGAUGUUGAUGAUAUGUAUGAGUAUGCUUUAAAUUUUUGUAAACAAAAUAAAAUAGCUAUUUUAGAUACUGAUAAUAAUGUUGAUGGUGUGAGAAAAAAUGAGAACUCAAUGAAACGUCAUAAAGUACUAAUAAAUGAUGAAGAAAAAAAAAAAGAAAAUGCUGCAUUAUAUGAAAAAGUUAAUGACAUGAGUUCAUUGGAUCAUUUUAUAAAUAAGAAUAAUGUGAUGAGUACAUACUAUGAUGAUUCAAAAUAUAUUAUGAUAAAUAAGGAUGAUGAAAAUUCGACGAUAGCUACAAAAAGUAAUACUAAUAGUAGCAAUAAUAGUAACAGUAAUAAUAAUGAUGAUGACAACAGUUGUAGUAGCAAGAAUAUAACUGUGAGUAGAAGUAGUAGUUGUAAUAAAAGCCAUAUUAGUAAUAGUAGCAUUGAUAAUUCUUAUGGUAAUGAAAAGAAAAAAUAUACAUGUGCUGAUGAAAAGAGUAUAAAGAAUGAUACAUUGUAUGUACAAAAAAUGAGUGAUGAAAAAAAUUUUAAAGAAAAUGGAAAUGACAUACAUGUAGAUGUAGAUGUUGAUGUAGAUGUAAAUAUAGAUGUUGAUGUAGAUGUAAAUUUAGAUGUAAAUGUAAAUGUUGAUGCUGAUAUCCAAAACAAUAUGGAAAAGAAAUAUAAAGAAGAAAUUUUUAAUUAUUAUGAAAAAAAUAUAAAUGAAGUCCAAGCAUUAGAAAAAGUAUUAAAGGAAGAUAUAGAUACAUCUGUUGUUUGCAUAAAUUUACAGAAAAUAUUAGCUCAAUAUAUAAGAUUUAAAAAGAAUCUUCCAGAUGUUACUCCUUUUUAUUCUGUUAAAAGUAAUAAUGAUGAAGUUGUAAUAAAAUUUUUAUAUGGAUUGAAUUGUAAUUUUGAUUGUGCAUCUAUUGGUGAGAUAAAAAAAGUGAUUAGAUUAUUACCAAAUUUAUCAAGAGAUAGAAUAAUAUUUGCGAAUACAAUAAAAAGUAUUAAUUCCUUGAUAUAUGCAAGAAAAGAAAAUAUUAAUUUAUGUACCUUUGAUAAUAUAGAUGAAUUAAAAAAAAUAUAUAAAUAUCAUCCCAAGUGUGCUUUAAUAUUACGUAUUAAUGUUGAUUUUAAAAAUUAUAAAUCUUAUAUGUCAUCUAAAUAUGGUGCAAACGAAUAUGAGUGGGAAGAAAUGUUAUUAUAUGCAAAGGAACAUAAUUUAAAUAUUGUUGGUGUAUCCUUUCAUGUUGGUAGUAAUACAAAGAAUUUAUUUGAUUUCUGUCUAGCUAUUAAAUUAUGUAGAGAUGUUUUUGAUAUGAGUAAAAAUAUGGGCUUUAAUUUUUAUAUAAUAAAUUUAGGUGGGGGAUAUCCAGAAGAAUUAGAAUAUGAUAAUGCAAAGAAACAUGACAAAAUACAUUAUUGCACUUUAAGUCUAGAUGAAAUAAAAAAAGAUAUAGAAAAUUUUUUAAAUGAAGAAACCUUUAUGAAAACAAAAUAUGGAUAUUAUAGCUUUGAGAAAAUAUCAUUGGCUGUUAAUAUGUCUAUCGAUCAUUAUUUUAGUCAUAUGAAAGAUAAAUUAAGAGUUAUAUGUGAACCUGGUAGAUAUAUGGUGGCUGCUUCUUCAACCUUAGCUGUAAAAAUUAUAGGAAAGAGACAUCCAACAUUUAAAGGUAUUAUGCUAAAAGAUUUAAAAGACCAUUAUGAUCCCUUAAAUUUUGCACAACAAGAAAUUAAGAAGGAAGACAAAAAUAUAAUAACCGAUUAUAAUAAUAUGCAACAAAUAGAACAUAGUAAAAAUCAUCAAGGGGGCGAUGAUAAAAUAUUAAAUAAGGAAACAAAUACAAAAGAAGACACUACUAAUAUGAAUGUUAAUUCUUCCAGUCAAGUUAUUGAAAGUGUAUCAUAUGCAAUAAAUAAAAAUGUAGUAGAAAAUAAAACAAUGAAUGGAACUACCACUGUGGUGGAUGGUAAUGAUAAUAUAAAUAUUGCUCAUAAAAAUAUUGGUAAUAAUUUUAGUAGUAGUAAUUCAAAAUUAGGCAACAUAACUAAUAUUAAGAAAAAAGUUGUAAAUAUAAAUGAUAAUAGAUAUAAUUAUUUUUCUUAUUAUGUUAGUGAUAGUAUAUAUGGUUGUUUUAGUGGUAUCAUAUUUGAUGAAUAUAAUAGAUGUCCUAUUUAUGUUAUUAAAAACAAAAAUAACCCUAAUCAAAAUUUUAUGAAUUUUAAUUUAUAUUUAGCAAAUGUUUUUGGUCAAUCAUGUGAUGGCUUAGAUAUGAUCAAUUCUAUAACAUACCUACCCGAAUGUUAUAUUAAUGAUUGGCUUCUUUAUGAAUAUGCUGGAGCAUACACAUUUGUAAGCUCAUCUAACUUUAAUGGAUUUAAAAAAUGUCAGAAGGUUUAUAUAUUCCCUCAAUCAAAACCUUAUCUUAACGGUCAGCCAAACAAAUUGGAAAAAAGAAAAUAG